AUGAAAUGCACGACAAUAUUGGCCGUCGGGGCCACGAUAAUAUCAUUAGCAGAAGGAGCACCGAGGGUGGUCAGCAUCCAGACGCAGAGGAAGACAGUGACAGAUCCACUCAAGCGAGACCAGCUGCGGAGGAGAGGGACGGUAAAAGCCACCCUGGAAAACGCAGAAACCCUCUACUUCAUCAACGCCUCGAUCGGGACCCCAGCACAGCCUCUCCGCCUCCACAUCGACACGGGCAGCAGCGAUCUGUGGGUCAACACAGACUCGUCCUCCUUUUGCUCCCAAUCGCAGAAGCCCUGCGCCGCGUCGGGGACAUACGGCGCCAACCACUCGUCAACAUACGAGUAUGUCGGGUCGUGGUUCAAUAUCUCGUACGUCGACGGGUCAGGUGCGAGCGGCGACUAUGUGACGGACGUCCUUACCGUGGGGGGCACAACGCUGGACGAUUUUCAGUUUGGGAUCGGGUACGAGAGCACAAGUGGACAGGGGAUCCUGGGCAUCGGGUACGAGGUCAAUGAGGUGCAGGUCGGGCGGGCCCAGCUGUCGCCGUACGAGAACCUCCCUGCCAAGAUGGUCUCGGCAGGCGCCAUCAACUCCAACGCCUACAGCCUCUGGCUCAACGACCUCGACGCCAACACGGGCUCGAUUCUGUUCGGCGGCGUGGACACGGACCAGUUCGAGGGCGAGCUGGCCACGCUGCCCGUCCAGGCCGAGGGCGCCAUGUACGCCGAGUUCUUGAUCACCCUGACGAGCCUGCACAUGGACGAUACCGUUGUCGCCUCGGGGGAGGCCCUGCCCGUGCUGCUGGACAGCGGGUCUAGCCUCACCUACCUGCCCGACGCCAUGGUCCAGACCAUCUACAACCAGGUCUCGGCCCAGUACGACUCGUCCGACGGCGCCGCCUACGUGGCCUGCUCCCUGGCCAGCGACGACACCGUCUUCAAGUUCAACUUCUCCGAGCCCGUCAUCUCCGUCGCCAUGAACGAGCUCGUCCUCGACGUCGUCACCUCGUCCGGAAAGAGGCCUACUUUCUCUGAUGGCACGGACGCCUGCCUGUUCGGCAUCGCCCCGGCCGGAACAUCCACCAAUGUCCUGGGCGACACGUUCCUCCGCAGCGCCUACGUCGUCUACGACCUCGGCAACAACGAGAUCUCGCUCGCCCAGACCAAGUUCAACACGACGACCAGCCAUAUUGUCGAGAUCGGCACGGGGAGCAAGGCCGUCCCCAGCGCCACCAGCGUGUCCAAUGCCGUGUCUGCCACAGGCAUCGGCGAGGCCACCUCUACCACGGGCGGCUUUGGACUCAAGAGCGGAGCCCCGCCUAGGCUGCAGGGCGUGGGAAUGACCUCCAUAGGAUUCUCGGAUGAGGGUUGA